CUCUCAAUGUAAAAUACAAUGUUUCACUAUUUUACUUCCUAAAAUGUGAAAUAAAUUUAUUUAUCCUAGGUGUGUCUGCAUUUAAUGACCUGUUUCCUAAUUUUCACAUGGCGAAAUUAGGAGUGUCCUAAUAACCACAGUUUCCCAGCAUUCCCACUUCCUGUUAGCUGAAUAUAAGAGGAGCACAAGAUUCAGAAGGCCACUAUGUCUUUUGCGAGUCUGCUAAAGUUGUGAGGACUUGUCUGUCCUGCUGAUAUCCCUUCCUUAUUCUCUUCUGUAGAGGUGUGAACGCUGAAGCCAUGCUGAAGGCUGUGUUUGUGCUCGGAUGCCUCCUGUGUCUUGCUCUGGCUGAGUUUAACUCUGAUGAUGACCAGGCACCCAAACGACUGGCACGCUCACAUGAACGCUAUGGCAACCGUAAAUCGCAUCCCCGUCGCCCUUUUUUUCCUGGCAACCCUGAUUUGAAAUCACAGUUGAUCCAGCUUAUUAAUAAAUUAUUGCAGCUACAACUCACUACUACACCUGCAACAACUACUACACCUGCGACAACUACUAGACCUGCGACAACUACUACACCUGCAACAACUACUACGCCUGCGACAACUACUACUACUGCAACUACUACUACUGCUGCAACUACUACUACUGCUGCUACCACCACCACUACAGCUACUAGCGCCACAACUACACCAGGACCAACUCCUUCUCCAGCUCCGGCUACAACCACCGCUAGCGCAACCACUAGUGUAACUGCUACCACAUAAAACCGGAAACUUUGUUGUACAAUGAAUUAAUGAAAUCCAAUGUUGUGUGAUCAUAUACAGUAUGUAGAUAUUGUUUUUUCUGUAACAUCUGGUAAAUAAACAAAA